GUCACCUUUGACUGGACCACGUUGGACGAGACUGUGCUUCGCCAAACGCUGAAGCGGUUGUUCGACCAAAUGGACAAGAAUGGCGACCAUAAGGUCACUUAUGAUGAGUUGGCUGGCAUCUUUCACGGAGCCCUGAGCACCGAGGAAGUCAAAAACGCCUUUGCCAGGAUUGAUAUGCAUGGGACAAACUAUGUCACGGUUGAAGAGCUGGAUACCUUCUUAUUCAGCACGCUGUCUGCGGAAGAAGUGGA